AUGGCCAACAUCCAUGAGUUGCUGAUACUUCUGUCAGGCCUUCUUGUCGUCAAUAAUGCCCAAAACUACCAAGGUAACGUGUCAAAAGCUACUCCACCUGCAGGUGAUAUGUAUGGAAGAACAGAAUAUUACAAUGGAGUGAUGGUUCUUCAGUUUCUUGGCAUUCCGUAUGCAGAGAGUCCAACUGAGGAUAGUGUACUUUCAAGACCACUUCCUAAGACAGGUAUGACAGGCGAAGAUGAACAGACUAUAUAUUAUGCUACAGAUCAUCAAGGAUCAUGUCCUCAAUCACCACCAUGGUAUGGAUAUGGCAACAUCCCAGUUAGAAACCAGAGCAUUGACUGUCUUCAUUUGAACGUUUAUGUACCCAGGACAUUGAAUUCCCAAACUCCCAGAGCAGUGAUGGUGUUUAUUCAUGGUGGAGAAUAUCUUUACGAGCAAGGAAUGAGAUAUGACGGAUCUCUACUUGCCGUUCAUGGCGAUGUUGUAGUAGUCACGAUGAAUUAUCGACUUGAUGCUUACGGAUUUCUCUCAUCCAACGAUGCUGUAAUCCCGGGUAAUCUUGGUCUUUGGGAUCAACGCCUGGCUUUAAAAUGGGUCAAGGACAAUAUUGCUGCUUUCGGUGGUGAUAGCAACAGGAUUACAGUGUUUGGUUCAGGCACAGGAGCGCACAGUAUCGGCAUGCACCUACUGUACGAGAACAAUACCGGUCUUUUUCAGAGAGUUAUUUUGCAAAGUGGCGCUCCUCUUACUCCUCUUGGACUGGUGCAUAACCCAUUGGAUUUUACCCAAAAAUUUGCUGUUGCCUUAGCUUGUGAUUAUCCCAACGCAACAGAUUUUUCUCAGAGACUUAAAGACUGUGUGGUUUCGAAAAAUAUUACUGAGGUCCUUGGUGCCACAUUGAAAGCCAAACAAUUUGACAUGCUCACAUAUAGAAGAGUUUUGGGUCCAGUUGUAGAUGGCGAUCUCUUGAAAAAUACGCCCUCAAGACUUAUCAGACGACCGAACAUUCCAUUUAGAAAUGUUGACCUCAUGGUUGGAACGAACAGUGCAGACGGAGGACAAGUACUUCUUAAGCUUGGGGUUUAUCAAGAUUCACAUAACUUUAAUCUCGAUAAGGGUGUUCCAAGAGAAGUCUUCAAAGAUCUUUUUGUCAAAUCCAUUGUUAGAGAUUACUUUAAUAGUUCAAAGGAUGUCCAGCAGGAACUUCUCAAUAGGUACUCUGGAUUGCGGAUCUCCGAAAUCGAACAGGCCCGGAAACUUGUUGCACUGUACGGAGAUUUAAUGCAGCAUGCUCCAUCAGUUAAAACACUAAAGCAACACACUGAAUUAGCACCAGGCAAAAAAACUUUCCAGUAUUAUUUUGCACACGACCCAGAAACUACCAAUUCAAGACCCUGGUUUCAAGGUGCAAACCACGCAGACGAACUUGCGUUUGUUUUUGGACCAGAGGUUAUAUACCCUCGAAGAAUAGAAGUGUCUGAUGAAGAAAUCCAAUUUUCAAGGAGAAUAAUGAAAUAUUGGUCAAACUUUGCCAAGACUGGGAAUCCUAAUUAUGUGUCAGAAGAUGUAUGGAAGGAAUUUACAUCACGUUAUCAGAACUAUAUGUAUCUUGCCUUUACACCAAGACUUCGAAGGAACCUGCGAUCAACAUCUAUCAAAUACUUAAUAGAUUUAACAGAGAAAAAGGAAGACUCAGGGGCAAUAACUCAUGGUGCUUCUGUAAUUUUGUCAAUUGCAUUAUAUUCCUUUCUUUUAGUAAACUUUGCUCAUUAA